AUGAAAAAAGAUAUUGACAUUGAGCGCGAACUCCACCUGGUUCCCUCCAAUGUCGUUGGGCAAACCGAGCCUCUUGGAGGCGACAGCACUCAACGCGGGCUGAAGUCGCGCCACGCACAAAUGAUAGCACUGGGAGGGACAAUCGGAACCGGUUUAUUUGUCGGUGUAGGCCAGGCACUACAGAUGGGAGGGCCUGUUUUUCUGCUGGCAUCAUACUCUCUGAUCUCGAUCCUGGUCUACGGCAUUGUCACCUGUACAACCGAAAUGAGUUCCUACCUGCCUAUUCCUGGAUGCUCCAUGGCUUAUUACGGCGACCGGUUCUUCUCUCCUAGCCUUGGAUUUGCUCUGGGUUGGAUGUAUUGGUAUGUCUUUGCCAUAACCGUCCCAGCCGAGAUAACUGUUGGAAGCCUGGUUAUCGAAUACUGGAAUCCGCCUGUGAAUAUAGCUGUAUGGAUCACGAUCUUAUUUGUUGUUAUCAUCGCCUUGAACUGUUUCCCUGUCGGGGUCUACGGCGAAGCUGAAUUCUGGUUCGCAUCCAUCAAAGUCUUCGGCAUAAUCGGCCUGAUUAUCAUGGCGCUUGUCUUGGUUCUUGGGGGCGGACCAACACACGACCGUCUAGGAUUCCGGUAUUGGAUCGAACCUGGCCCUGUUAACGAAUACCUCGUUUCUGGCGAUACGGGUAGGCUGUCCGCAUUUGUUGGAACAGUUUGUUUCUCCGUUUAUGCCUUCGCUUUCGCUCCUGAACUUCUUGUCGUUACUGGCGGCGAAAUGGAAUCCCCAAGACAGAACUUGCCAAUUGCAGGCAGACGCUACUUUUACCGGCUCAUCACGUUCUAUAUACUCGGAGCUUUGGCUAUUGGUAUGAUUGUUCCGAGCAACAACCCGAAACUGCUUGGCGCAGGGUCGAGUGCUUCAGCUUCGCCCUGGGCCAUAGCAGCCAAAAGUGCCGGCAUCAAGGGGUUGGACUCUGUCAUCAACGCAGUUAUCCUGUUGUCAGCUUGGUCGGCUGGAAAUUCAUACCUAUACCUAGCAAGUCGGACGCUUUAUUCCUUAGCAUUGACCGGCAAUGCGCCGGCAACAUUCGCUCGGUGUACCAAAUCUGGUGUCCCCUACAAUGCCCUGGCAACUAGUGCAUCUCUGUCGCUCCUAUCCUAUCUUAAUCUAUCCUCAACGGGUUCGACGGUUUUCAACUGGUUUGUCAACCUUAUCAACACCGGUGGAUUCCAAAGUUGGAUUUGUGUGGGUAUUGUGUACAUUCGGUUCCGCAAAGCAGCCAAUGUCCAAAAGAUUGUCGACAUACCUUUCCGAUCUUGUUUCCAGCCAUACAUGGCUUAUGUUACUACCUUCAUGUUUUCCCUGCUGCUCUUGCUCAAUGGGUUCAAGAAUUUUGUCGGCGAUCAGUGGGACACAUCGAGCUUUAUGACGUCCUAUAUCGGCAUACCUAUAUUCUUCGCUCUUUACUUUGGUCACAAGUUUACAGUGGGUCGCAAAGAUCCGUGGGUUCUUUCACCACAUGAAGUGGAUUUGUUUUCGGGGUUGCAGGAGAUCCUUGAGAAAGAGGCAUCUCCCAAGCCAAGGAAAUCUUGGAAGCAAACUUUUACAAGUGUUUUCGAGUAA